GCCCAGCGCUGUGACAUCUGUUCACACUCAGCUGCUCCAUCAGACGCCAGCGGCUGACCAUGCUGACAGCUCUGUCCAAGUCCAGCAAAAGAGCUCAGCUGUUGUCCAGAAAAAAUCCUACGUCCCCACUAGCAAGGGCGAAUAUAUUGUCACCAAACUCGAUGACCUGAUCAACUGGGCACGAAGGAGCUCCCUAUGGCCGAUGACAUUUGGCCUGGCGUGCUGCGCUGUGGAGAUGAUGCACAUGGCUGCUCCUCGCUACGACAUGGACCGCUUUGGGGUGGUGUUUCGGGCUAGUCCCCGGCAAGCUGAUGUCAUGAUUGUGGCUGGCACCCUGACAAACAAAAUGGCUCCGGCUCUUCGGAAGGUCUACGACCAGAUGCCGGAGCCUCGCUACGUGGUCUCCAUGGGGAGCUGUGCCAACGGCGGGGGUUACUACCACUACUCCUACUCCGUGGUGAGGGGCUGCGACCGCAUUGUGCCGGUGGACAUCUACGUGCCAGGUUGCCCACCUACUGCUGAAGCUUUGCUGUAUGGAAUCCUGCAGCUUCAGAAGAAAAUCAAACGGGAGAAGAAGAUUCAGAUCUGGUACAGGAAAUAGCCUCUUAUUUAUGACCUACCCACUUACUGCCCACCUGGGCACCUGCUUGCAUUCGUACGCACAAUAAAUCCGUAUUUUCACGAGCCUUCCAAUAAAACUCUACGUGGUU